UCUUUAAAUGGUAAAUCUUGUGGGGAUUGCGCUUGAACAUUUUUGCUGAAAGCAAGAAUUAUGGGGAUAGGUUAUUAUAGUGAUCUAAGGACCAAUGUUUAGACACGAAGGUUCAGUAACUAUUUGUAAGGAAGCAUGCCUGCGACAAAUCCUCUCACUCACACGGAGCAUUAUUAAACUAAUACACAACUAUGCUAUUAAACAAUAUUAAAAGGGAAUGUUUCUGAGCAUAGAUAUACUUGUUAGUUGUAGAGGUAUGGGAGUAUAAUAGCUGAAAACAAGGUUAAGAGAAUAUAGAAGAAAAUGCUGAGAUCCAUGUGAAAGGGAGAGAGAGAGCAGUUGUGAGCCAGCUGAUUCAGAAAAAGAGUCCCUCUUCCUCUGUUUAGAAACUCGCACCAAUAGGGAGUUCCUAAGCUGUAGAGCUCACCAUAUAACAUAACUGCUCAUUUGCAUUAUUUUGUUAGUGCUUAAAGCUUAUUGGUUUAAUUUCCUGGACUCUUUCUCUCUUUGAAAGGGCUUUUCCCUCCCUUAGUCGACGAUAUUAUUUUGAAGCACUUGUUUUACAUAAAGUACUCUGGUGAAAAUGAAGUUCCUCAACUGGAUGCAGAACAAGAUUAAUGGAAAACCGGGGAAUCAGAAACCCAAUACAGUUAUUCCACUUAACCAUCUUCCUAAGCAACCUUCUCAGAGAGAAGAGUUCAAUGAUUGGCCUCAUGGACUACUAACAAUCGGGACGUUUGGUAACACUGAUCUCAAAGACAAAGCAGCUAGUUCUGAGAUUCAGACUGCCACUCAUGAACAAGAACAAGAGCAGAAUCCCACCUGUGCUUCAUCCCCAGAUUUAUCAGAGUUCACCCCAGAAGAGGUUGGAAAAUUGCAAAAGGAAUUGACAAAGCUCUUAAAACGAAAAUCAGCGAAACAAGAGGAAGAAAACGCUGAUCAUCUACCUUUGGAUAGAUUCCUUAACUGUCCUUCAAGCUUGGAGGUCAGCCGGAGGAUUUCAAAUGUGGUUUGCACUGAUCCGGAUAAUAAGGAAGAUGAUAUUGAACGUACCAUUAGUGUAAUAAUCGGUAAAUGCAAAGAGGUCCGAGCAGAGAAGACUAAGAAUGAGAUUGGGAAGAAAUCUCUCUCUUUCCUACUCAAAAAGAUGUUUGUUUGUGCUAAUGGGUUUUCACCUGCUCCUAGUUUGAGGGACACUUUACAAGAGUCCAGAAUGGAGAAGUUACUCAGAACCAUUCUUCAUAAGAAGAUAUACCCAAAAACAUCGAAUCGCACUUCAUCGAUGAAGAGGUAUCUUGGAGAUAAACACAUUGCAGAAAAGAAAAAUAACGAAGAGGACACACAGGAAAAACCAAGGCCAAGUGAGGCCUGUAAAUGGGACAAGACAGAUUCAGAAUAUAUUGUUCUAGAGAUUUAACAUCGUAUUCACAUCACCCAUAUACAGAUAUUUUAUACCAAGAUUUAAAUAUAUACGUAUGCAUAUGCAUCUUCGGGUUUAAUAACUUGGAUUUCUCAGAGGAAUGAGUUCAUAAUCUGAAGUUCUGAACAUUGAAAAGAGGCAGAAGAAGAAAUCAUUGGACAUUGGUCUUUAAAGGAACCUAAAAUCAUAUCAACCUCUAAUUGAAGCAGUGUCUUUCUUUUGUGAAAUGGGGAAACUUGCCCUUUUUUUUUCAUGGUUGUAUCUGAUGAUGUUCAGAUCAAAUCAUGUUAUGUAACAUUCUGUAAUUUGAGCUCUUGAACUUCUCUCCAUUUUUCUCCCCUUUCUCCUCUUUACAUUCUUCUCCCUUUCUUUCCAAAUGGAAACCUCUUUUCCUCUCUUUUUUUUGGUGCUAUGCCGCUUUGUUAAAAUCUGCAUAGGAUAAGUGUAUGACACAUACAAAACCAUGUCAUGUGUGAUCCCAUUAUAGUACUAAUGAAGAAUAGGUGGAGUAGUUUAUUAGGUUGUAAGGCAAUUUUCUUUUUUUCCAUGUGGAUUUCACUUCUUGAAAGUGCUUAUAUUGGCAUGUGAGACAUUGUUACUAUUUGCAAAUGUUGUAGCCAGAAAAAAAAAAGGUUAAAUUACCUUUUCAAAUGUGAUCGCAUCUCUUUUUUAGCA